AUGAAUACAAACUAUUUGGAGCUACCAAAGCUUAUUUGGGAUGAUGAUGGAACAUGCAGUAACAAAAAUAUCCAAAUAAUAUCUAAGCAUAUAAGUCAAGGACAUACAAAUUCAAAAGAGAUUAGCAAUAUCAUUAAUACUUUUAUUCAUUUGAAUCCUCACAAGGCAAUCAUCUAUUUAAAGUAUAUUCCAUCAUUGAUUUUAAAAUAUCCUGAUAUGAUAUUUUUCUCUCGAUAUAUAAUUUGCGAAUUUUGGAAAGAAUUAUCAACAUUCACAAGUAUUCCUAAUGAAGAAGAAGUGAUUUAUGAAAAGGACACUCUUUUAUAUUUCUUGUUCAAUGAUUUACCUGAUAAUAUUAGGAAGUUUGAUUUAGAUCAAAAAGUUCUGUCUUCAGAUAUAAUUGGUAGCUAUUUAUAUCUUCCGAAGGAUAAAGAUUUGAAUUUGCUCGAAGUUUCUGCUUUAUUCGGAUCUUUGAAAAUGUUUAAUUAUCUUAAAGAAAAGAUCACAUCAAAUCCAUUAGAAUUAAUCAAAUAUGCAAUCAUUGGAAGAAAUAAGAGCAUUAUUGAUCAAAUUAUGAUCGAAGAAACAAGCGAAAUCAAUGAUUUGAAAGCCUCAUUCUUUGUUGAAUGCCAAGGAGAAAUAAAUUGGAAUUCGGCAAUAAAAUUCUACAACUAUUCUUUGUUACAAAACUGUGAUUUAAAUCAUGUUGAUACAAAUGGGGAAAAUGCAAUUCAAUCCGCAAUCAAAAACAAUAGAUUAUUCUUGGUAAGACACAUUAUUAAUAACAAUAAUCCACCAAAUUUAUUGCAGUAUCUGAUUUUAUCAAUGAAUGAAAACAAGUAUCAAAUAUUCAAAGAACUGAUUACGAAAGAAAAGAAUAUUGAUAAUAUGAUCAAACUCAUACAAAUUUCAUUCAAGCAUGACAUCAAAUACUUCAUUCAAAUCAUUUCUUCAAUCAAAAAUAAAGAUAUUGGAGGAAUAAUAAAGAUUAUUGUUAAUUGUGGAGAUGAAAAGUAUGUUCAAGAAUUCAUGAAGCAUAUUAAAAUUCGAGAAUAUCAAGAUCCAGAAAAUCUUGUCUAUAUUAUACUCCCAUUUUGCAUUGACAUUGAUAUUUACAGGUACUUAUUCUCAAUGAUUCAUGAUAAAAAGAAAUCAUAUAACUGCAAACUUUUCUCUCUUUGUGUUGCGAUUUUAAAGAAAAACUAUGAUUUAGUUGAUGUUUUAAUCGAAUUAGGUACAGAUUUGAAUGGCCAUAUCAAUUCAAUCUAUAUUCAAUUGCCAAUUCAAAUUUUCAUGUUAUAUGUUUGUACUGCUGAUCAAUGUAUUUAUCCAAUAUUCCAAGCUCUUCAAAACGAUGAUGAAAAGAUGUUUAAAUACAUUUUGGAUAAAGGAUAUGAUAUUAAUCAUAGAUUGUCAGAUGGAAUGACAACAUUAAUGAGAAUUGUUUUAUUCCCAGAACAAAGAUACAUUAAAUAUCUUCAAAUCUUGAUUAAUCAUGGGGCAUACAUGGAAAUGCGAGACAAGCAAGCAAGUACUGUUUUAGAAAUUUCCAUUUUAAUAAACAACAUUGAAGCUGUCAAAUGCCUAUGCAAGAAUGGCGCAAGACUCAACUACAAUAAAAUUGAAAAAGAAUAUACAAUAUAUACUCCUCUUAAUGCAGCAAUGAAGACAAGGAAUUAUAAUAUUGCUAAUAUCUUAGUAAGUUAUGGAGCAAAAGAUGUCGAUCCAUUGAUGGCCAACCAAAAAGAUGGACUCGAAAUGUUACGAUUCAUCUUCACAAAAGUCUUAAAUGUUAGAACAUGGAGGAAUUCCAACAAUAUGACAGCAUUGAUGAUUUUUGCAGAGAACAAUCCAGAUCCGCGAUUCUUAGAAGAGUUGAUCAAACUUGGAGCUGAUGUUAAUGAAACAGAUGAAGUCGGAACAACUGCUAUUGUAACAGCAACAAAUCUAAACAGGCUGGAAAAUAUUAAAUAUCUUGUAUCACAAGGAGCUAAUAUUAAUUGUGUUUCUCAAAUGCAAAAUCUUGUUGAUAUUGCAGUGAGAAAUAAUCAAGAGAAAACUCUCGAAUUAUUAUUCAAACUUGGUGCAAAAAUUAAUCAAAACAGUUUACUCGAUCAUCCAAUCUUUAUGGCAAUUCAUUACCAUAACUUUUCAAUGGCUAAGAUCUUACUUGAAAAUGGUGAAGAUCCGAAUUCAAGAAAGAAAGGUUUCUUAAUAACGACUUAUGACCACGGAACAAAAGCUAACGAACGAUCAGAUGAUAAAACGUGGAUGAUAUCUGAUGAAACUCCUCUUAUAGCAGCAAUUCGAGAAAAUUGCUAUCCAAUUGUUGAUCUCUUACUCAAACAUCAUGCAGAUGUUAACAUUAUAACUAAAUCUGGAUUGAAUGCUGUUUUCGCUUCUAUUUUGAAACGAAAUGAAAAGAUUUUUGAUAUUCUUCUUCUCUACAAUCCAGAUUUAACGAAACCAUUUUAUGGAGAUAGUUCUUUAUCUAUUCAAAAUGGUGAAACACCAAUAAUGCUUGCCAAAAGACUACAAUUACAUGGUAUUGUUAAAAAGAUCAAUAGAUUAAUCCCUUUAAAAUAA